UGUCACGGAUUUUAGGGCUUGCGGCAGCGGCGAUAAGGCGAUGGCGCUGUGAAGAACAAGCUGCCAGCUUCUCCUCCUCAGGUUUUGGCAUUCUAGAUUCGCCGCAUAGGGCUGCCGCCGCAGGAGAGCGCUCGAUUUUUCAUCUCCCAAUCCAACAGGCUGUGCAUAUUUCGGGGCUUUCUCGGAUGUGAGAUUCGCGGCGCUAGCGGCUGAGCGUGCACGGGCAAGCUAUGGAGGAUUUAGAACCGAGUGCGGCGUCGCUGGAAGAAAGCAUCAAGAGGGUUGUGUGCAUUGAGGACCGGGCUCUCGAUCGCUCGUUUGUGGUCACGGAGGUGAUGUAUUCCGGCGUCCAGGAGGCUGUCAAGGACUGCGAGACCAGCGGCAAAGCCUCGGAGAUCAGAGUCAUUGACGUGGUGAGUGGGAGAACUCCUCAAGCGGAGAACUUGGAGCCGGGCAGCGACGCUUCAAAGGUCAAGGUCAUUGACAGUGAAACAUCGCUGGAGAGUGACGAGGUAGCUCCUCAAGCCGAGAACUUUGGACCUCCUCAAGCCGAGAACUUGGGACCAGCUGCUACUUCGGAGGGGUCGGACGAGCAGCUCAAGGUUGUGGAUGGGCAGGAGCCGCAGCCGCAGGACGAUGGAGAUCCAGUGUCCGAUGACAGUGAUAGCGAGGAUGAUCUACAGCUCAUUGUGAACGACGAAGAUAUCUUCUACCCUCAUGGAGUCGAGGGGGCCGAAGAUGCCGAACCCGAGGAAGUCUUCGCGGUCGGGGGCGAGGAGCAUUACGAAGAGGUGGACUGGGCAGCGGAAAUGCGUUUCCGUCAUUCCCAAUUCAAGUACGUGAGACCAGGAUCGGGACCCGCUACCACGUCUCCUGGGGUGCCUGACCCUCAAACACCGGGAGCGACGGCGAUUGCGCCGAUCCCGUUUGCCGGCUACGGCUUGGGGAUGUGGGACUUCCACACUUUCCAGCCUGCAUACGAGUUUGUUCUUCCACCAUCAAAGACGGUCUUUGAUAUUGACAUCGAUCAGUUUGAAGAGAAACCCUGGGAGUACGAAGGGACAGACAUAACGGACUACUUCAACUUUGGUUUCACUGAAGACACCUGGAAGCAGUACUGUGAGGAGUUUGCCAGGGCCAAAGCCGAGGCAUCUAAAAAGAGCAAGAUGCGUGGUCUUGAUAACGGCCAUUCGCAGCAGGGCUGGAACUAUGAUAAUGCGAGAUACAAUGAUACGCCGGAGCCUCAAAGAGGACGUGCUCAAGGACAACGGGGAAUGAGAAAUCAUUCUGGUAGAGCAAUCCAGGUAGAAGAAGGUGGAAACGAACGGCGAUCUUCCGAAUUACGACGGCAAAGGCUUCGUGAUUCCGAAUCUGGAAUACAGAUCGACGAGGGAAGAUACGAAAACAGUCACGGGGAAUUCAGGCGCAAACAAAGAAAUGACGAUUUGCCUAGACGGAAAGGAUUUCACCGAGAAAGUCAAUCCGCGGAACAAUCAAUGCUUUGCUCUUCACCUUUGAGCGGAAGGCUUGGUGGUCGCACGCCCCCCGGUCCUCGGACAAAUCUCGGUGGGAUUUAUUCAGGCGGGAUCAUUUCUACGUCUACCAGUGGACGAUCAACGUUUAGUUCCCGAUCGUCGCCUGGUGGGGUUCAAGGUUCCGUUGAAAACGGGUUUCGUACAUUGUCCAAGCGUCUAAGCGAAGAAGAGGAGACACCAGUUAGGAGGUCACCACCGAGGUUCGAAAGAGCUUCUGCUUCAGCUCCGCAGAGAAGGCUUGGUGAAAUGGUGGCAGAGAAACCUCAGAGAAGGCUCAGUGAUGUUGGGACAGAGAAACCACCGAGAAGGCUCAGUGACCUGAUGACAGAGAAGCCACCAAGAAGGGUCAGUGAACUGAUGACGGAGAAACCACCGAGAAGGCUUAGUGAACUGGUCACAGAGAAAGCAGAAAGAAGAUCCAGUGAACUGGUGACGGAGAAAGCUGAAAGAAGGCCCAGUGAACUGGUGACGGAGAAAGCACAGAGAAGGCCUAGUGAACUGGUGGCGGAGAGGAGGCCCAGUGAACUGGCGAGGGAGAAACCACAGAGAAGGCUUGGUGAACAAGUGGAGAAACGACCAAUUUCUCUGGUUAGAAGAGUUACUCAACUGGUAAAUGAAACAAAAUCGCCUCAAGAAAAGAAGUUGGUUUCAACAAUGGAGCCUGCAAGGAGGACCAUACGGCUAAAUGCAGAGAGAAGAAGCCAGCUGAUAUCGGAAAGGACAGCCGACAGAGUAGAGAGGAGAUCGGAAGUGACUGUAGAGAGGCGACAAGUAUCUUUGAGAGCUGCGGACAUCGAGUUUGAGCAAGAUGAUGAAGAAGAGCAACCGGCAAGGGAUUCAAAUGAGAGGAUUGGCCAGUCCCGGCAGCUUACGAGAGCUCCGUCGCUUUCGAAGUCGGAGGAUAGACCAAAGUUCAAGCAACAGGAUAGCGGUGCCAAGGAUGACUUGAGGAUGAAAGUCCUUGAGAAGGUCUCCGCUAGAUGGAAGCUCCAUCUUCGCAUGGAUGAUGCUCAUGCAAGGAGGAAGAGGGAAAAUCUUAGCAAACCAGAUCAGAAGGACAACGAAGAAGGAGCUGGCGGGUAUCAUAAUAGUACCAUCCGUGACACACAGACGGCGUACGCUUCAGAAGAAUUAGAAGACGACAACAGGAGAGAGAGAAAAGAAGAAAGAAAGCGAAGACACAAGGACAGGAAGGAAAGGCGGAGACUAAAGUCUGAAGAUGAAGAUGCAAGGGAUUGCGAUGAUUAUUAUCAGGAAGUGGACGAACGCUGGCAAAUGGAAGAUGCAGACUUUACUGGGCAUGAAUGCAGAGAUGAUCGUAAGAGAAAACGGAGGAGAUAUGACGAUGUGUUAGGGGUGGAGGAAGACGAGGUGAGUGACCUCUCUGAAAGACGGUCGCAGAGGUACUCCGACUCGAGGUAUAGGAGAAGGGAUUAUAAUGACGAUGGAGCUGACGGUUGGGAAAUGGAAGAAGGAGAAUGUGAAGAAGAUGUGUACGUCGAAGAUGUAGAAUGUGAGGACGACAGAUGGGAAGAUGAUGGCUACACGUACAAGCGGAAGAGACGAAGAUACAAUGACGAGUUGUUUGAGAUGGACCGUGACUAUGAGACUGAUAAUCCUGGGGACGAGCGAGACUAUUCGUAUGACGAGUUUCCAUCUGGUCAAGCAGACGAUUUAGUUUAUAAGAGGCAGGAAAACCCGCGCCACCGGGAAACUGAUCGCUGGACCGGGACUCUCGAUGAUAGCUGUGACGAGUAUGACGACUAUGACAACUGAUUUAAACGACUUUGUCGUCGCGGGUUUGUUCGUCGGCGUCUGACAAGGUACGUGAGAAGAAUGUAUUUUGUAUUUCAGAUGGCCCGUUUUCCGAAGCAGAAAAGGUUGAUCGGCACACUAGAAGAGGUAUUUGACUGAGCGUUUGGAAGCAAAAGCGGAGUUCUCUUUUCCUCCGGGCGGAACACGACGCAUGUUCUCGGAAGAAUGUAGUGGACAUUGAAAUUAAGCAAUAAAAAAGCUUUUGAGUUGAA